UAAAUAACUUAAAUACCUGAUAAUCUUAGUUAAUAGAAAAUAUAAUCCUUUAAAUAUACUAUGUAUAAUGCUUCAGAUGAACGUUAUUUCAAUCAUUUUGAGCCAGCCAAUCAGAUGCAAGCGUCUGUUUAUAUAUACAACAUCGACCAAUUGUUAUAAAACUUUCAACUUCUUAUCGAACAACAUACAACAAUGUAAGGUAGUUCUCUUAAAAAAACAACAUGGAAAACGGUACAAGCGUUUCAACUACAACAUUGGUCGGAAGGAAGACGGCAAAGGAAGAGAUUUCAUUAUUAAGAAGACUACUAUGGCUUGCAAACUAUAUUUAUCAUCAGGCAUUGACACUUUUAAGCGUUUUGUUGAUAUGGAUCUACAUUGAGAAUUAUGAUAGAACAACUUUACGAUUUUGGCAUGUAUUGUUGUCCACUGCAGCUUAUCUUCCACUGAUGGCCAUUGCGAUAAUAGCUUUUGCUGAAGACAACAUCUUGACUCUGUAUUUUCCAAGAAAGAAAAUAUACUGGGUCCAUGGCGUUUUGCUUUUCAUCAGCUGUGCUUUUAUUACUGCCGGUAUUUCUGUAGAAACCCAUGCUAAGAGACAGAGAGGUGCUAGUCAUUUUCAGAGUGAUCACGCCAUACUUGGGUUGGUGUCAUGGGUAUUAAUUGUAGUGUCAAUUUUCAUUGGAUUAUUGGCAGCAAAUACCCAACUUUUCUCAAAGUACGUUAAACCAGUAAUAGCCAAAUUUAUCCACAAUUUCCUAGGAAUAGCCGCCUUUUUCAUAGGCAUUGCAAGUUUGUUUGAUAAAAUUGAUGUUGUUCGAUGGUAUGCCUCGGAACCAGUCUAUCAAGCCAGUUACUACUCCAUUUGGAUCAUAUCAGUUUGGAGUAUAUUGGCAGCUUUGAAAUCUCUUUAUGGACAGAUAAGAAAUAUAAUAUUUUGAAGAAGUAAUGAUCUGAUUUAUCUCUCAGUCUUUAAAUUGCAAUUAGUUUAUUAAAUGAUCUAGAUGGCUCAACUUUCGUUUAGCUGAAAUCUGUUAUAUAAAAAAUGACUUUAUAUAUGCGUUCUUAGGAGUACAAAUAUACAAAAAUUUUCCUGCGGAAAUGCGUCAUUUUCAUUUUUCGGACUUUAAUAUAGCCGACAUCUGUUACAUCAAAACUAGUCUUCGGGGUGGUUUUAGACAUUUUCUAAACAUAAACACACAAAAAAGUGUCUGCGGAAUUUUUUUAUUUUUAUUUUACAUAAAAAAAUGCUUUGACUUUAGAAUAGCCGAAAUCAAUUACAUGAAAAAUGAACUUAUAUUUGUUU